CCAGGAAAAUAUGGGAUUCAAUGCUCCAAAACGUGUAGCGGACACUGUUUGGGAGAUGCCUACUGUAAUGUUACGACAGGGGACUGUGAUUACGGAUGUGAUGCUGGAUUUUACGGCAAAAAAUGCGAUCAAGGUUGCCACAGUGGACGCUUUGGGGAAAAUUGUGAGCAAGUGUGUAGUGGCAAUUGCUUUAAUAAUGAAACUUGUGAUAUUGAAAAUGGAAUUUGUUUCCAUGGAUGCAAAGCAGGUUUUCGAGGAACCUUGUGCCAUGAAAAGUGUACAGAGGGAACGUAUGGUGAUUGUACACAGAUCUGUAGCGGUCAUUGUCGUAAUAAUGAAACUUGUAACUUUGUUGAUGGUCAAUGUAAGAAUGGAUGUACUCCUGGGUAUCAGGGAUCGAAAUGUGAACAACUAUGUAACCCUGGGUAUUAUGGUCACAAUUGCGGCAAGAAUUGUUCUAAGAAUUGUGAUGAGUCGAUAUGCAACCAUAUAGAUGGGUAUUGUAAAUGCAAAACGGGAGUGAGAAGGAAAGACUGUUUGACAGGGGUAUCAAAUGCAAAUUUACAAAUUCUGGAUCUAUCGGCAACAUUUUUCACCGGACUGUUCUCACUGUGGUCACAGUUAUGAUCAAAUGGUAC